AAGAGAAUUUAGAAUUUCCUUUGUAUAUAAAAUACAUAAAUACUGGAAUAUGUAUUAUAUUAUUAAUUAUAGGAAUUGUUGGUAAUAUUCUAGUACCUACAAUAGUCAUUUUGAAUAAGGAAUUAAGGAAUUCUACUAAUUACUUUUUGGUAAAUUUAAGUGUUGCUGAUCUUCUAAUUAUGAUUAUUUGUAUGCCAACUGUACUUACUGAAUUACAUUCUUUACCAGAAGUUUGGAUUUUAGGAAAAGUAAUGUGUAAACUCGUACCAUUUACAGAAAUGAUGGUAGCUCACGGUUCAAUAUUGACAAUACUCGCCAUUACUUUCGAACGAUAUUACGCUAUAUGUAGACCAUUAAUGGCAGGAUAUACUUGCACAAAAAUGAGAGCGAUGGCCAUAAUAGUUGUCAUCUGGAUUUUAGCAAUAUCAAUCACGUGCCCAAUGUUAUUCAUCACCGAAUACGAACAUACAACUUACAUUGAUGGUACUGAAGUACCCGUUUGUAUAACUGACAUGCAGAACGUAUGGCAAAAGAUAUAUUUUUUUGGUGUGACAACAUUCUUAUUUUUUAUACCAUUAAUUGUAUUAAUUGUUAUAUAUGGAAUUAUUGCUAAAAGAUUAGUGGAAUCACAACGAGUUCUAGCAUCCCCCGUUGCAGAUUCACAAAUUAAAGCUAGAAAACAAGUUAUAUUUAUGUUAGCCGCUGUUGUACUUUGUUUCUUCUUAUGUCUUAUGCCAUUUAGGAUAUUUACAAUAUGGUUACUCGUUGCUCCCGAACAUCAGUUGAAAGAACUUGGAAUGGAAAGUUAUUAUAAUUUAUUGUAUUUCUGUAGAAUUAUGUUAUAUAUUAAUUCUGCUGUUAAUCCUAUUUUAUAUAACGUAAUUUCUUCUAGAUUUAGAGAUGCUUUUAUAAGAUUAUUUUCAUGUAAAAAUGAUAAAAGUUUGAAACGUCAAUUCACUCUUACCAGUUAUACAACAUUUACUAUGUAUGGUAGCUUAAAAACUAAACAGAAAAUUUGCCUAUCUUUAAAUGGUAUAACUCAUUUAGAAAAUAAGAAAGAUGAAACAUUUGUAUAAAUAAAUAAAUAAAUUAUUUAU